AUGGAAAGUCAGGUGGUGGGCGUGAGAAAGGGCGCAUGGGCUCCCAAGGAAGAUAUUCUCCUCCAGAGAUGCAUCCUUCAAUACGGUGAAGGGCAGUGGCAUCUAAUUCAAGAGAGGGCAGGUACGCCUUCAUCUUAUUCAAUCGUGUAAGCGGUAAGAGUCUUUAUGGACUGCUGUGUUGUUCAGCUCGUGUAGCUGAAGAGAUUAAAUCGGCUUUAUACUCGCUUAAAGGUAGAAAGACUGAUGCAGAUGAGAUGAGUUUGUUUCCGCAGUCAUGAACGAGUUUCUCCUGCCUCCCUUCUGAUAAAUCCUCGGUUUGAAACGCUGCCCUAAGAGCUGCCGACUGAGGUGGCUGAACUAUCUGAACCGAGCAUCAAACGAGGGGCCUUUCAGGAGGACGAAGUUGACCUCAUCGUUAGGCUCCACAGGCUUUUGGGCAACAGGUUUGUUAUUAUAUAAGACCUUCCUCAAGAAUGAGCUCCCGUUCAACCACGAGGCUAUGACUCGCAUGUCAAAUUAAGCGUCCUUUACAAUCCAGGAGGUCGCUAAUAGCCAGUAGAAUUCCGGGCAGAACGGCGAACGACGUCAAGAACUACUAGAACUCGUGCUUGUGCAAGGCGGUGGGAGCCCGAGGGAAGGGGGCCGGGAAGAUCAACAAAAGAAACACCAUUGACUUCGCUGUGGUCAAGUUUAAAGACAGCGACUUUCCCCAAAGGCAUUACCCAUUGGGAUGAUCUAGGCCACCGCCUCGCCCAGCCCACUUCACAGAGGCUAUCGCUGGUUCCUGCCACGAGAUUUUCAGGCCUCGAGCUCGCAGCUUGUCAAAGGCACCAUCUCCUUGCCAGACGUCAUCACAUGCCGUGAGUUUUCCCCCGGCGGGCAGUGCUUUCCCCCUAAAGAUGAUAGGCCCGACAGUGAGGAAGAUUCCAUGGCGUGGACGAGGCUUCCGCUGGAAGACGAUGAAAACGACGAGGGACAGCGACACCAGGAGGAGCGAGAAGAAAAAGAUGUCAUCCCGUUUCCAGAGGAAGAAGACGUACUCCAUUGGACACCCCAGACAGAUGGAGAAGUGGAACGAGGUUGGUGGCUUCUGGGUUGGGAGGACGUUCUCUGGGAUACAAACCUCACGUCUGGAGUUUGCCGGAAGUUGACGCCGUUCUGA